AUGAAUUAUCGUUUUUUUCCAUUGCAGAGUAAAGAAGAGAAGAAAGCAGAUGAAGCCCUACUAUCGUUACCCACCAAAAUACCAGAACCAACACUCAAACCCAAAACUAAAAAAGCUCCAGAAUUACCUAUAUUUGAAAGAAGAAACUGGUUGAUUCACCUCCACUAUGUUAGAAAAGAAUUCAACACAUGUAAGUCUUUGAUAAAGGAGCAGUUGGAAGAAACACAAGGAAUGUGUGAAUAUGCAGUGUAUGUACAGGGUCUGAUAAAGAGAAUGGAAGGCAGAAUACAAGAAUCGUUAGAGUUGUUCCAGACAUGUAGUUUAUUGAAUUCACAGAGUACUGAUAAUCUUAAACAAGUAGCAAGGUCGCUGUUUUUACUUGGUAGACACAAAGCUGCAAUAGAUGUGUACAACGAAGCUGCCAAAUUGAGUCAGCGAGACUGGGAAGUGUCACAUAAUAUGGGAAUAUGUUACAUGUAUCUAAAAAUGUAUGACAAGGCCAAGGAAUCAUUGAAACAUGCAAUCCAAUGUAAUCGCCAUGACUUGUCAUUUAUCAUGCUGGGCAAGAUAUUCUUAAUGGAAGGAGAUUUAGAGAUGGCAAUUGAUGUAUAUAAGAGAGCUGUCGAAUUCAACCCCGAAAAUCCAGAGUUGUUAUCAACGCUUGGAUUACUAUAUUUACAGAUUGGACAAACUCAGAAAGCUUUUGAACACCUUGGAAAUGCCUUAACCUAUGAUCCUUCCAAUGUAAAGGCUAUAUUAGCAGCCGGAUGCAUGAUGCAGCAACACGGUGACUUUGAAGUUGCUUUAACCAAAUACAGGAUUGCUGCGGCUGCUGUGCCGGAAAGUCCUCCACUCUGGAAUAAUAUUGGCAUGUGUUUUUUUGGAAAGAAGAAAUAUGUGGCAGCUAUCAGUUGUUUGAAACGUGCCAAUUAUCUAGCUCCGUUUGACUGGAAAAUACUGUACAAUCUCGGUUUAGUUCAUCUAACAAUGCAGCAGUAUGCGUCGGCGUUUCAUUUUCUGAGUGCUGCUAUCAAUCUUAAACCAAAGAUGGGACAGUUAUUCAUGCUACUUGCAGUUGCUUUGACUCACCUAGAGGAUCCUGACAAUGCUAGACAAGCGUAUGAACAGGCAGUCUCCUUGGAACAAAGUGACCCAUCCGUCCAUCUCAAUUUUGCAAUAUAUCUGUACAAUAUUGGGGAUCGGAAAGCAGCCUCACAUCACUUCUCUCAAUUUGAACAGAAACUACAAGCCCAGAGAAAAGACAACGUCAAUGUGGAAAUUGAUACAGAG